AUGAAUUGGGGAACUGAGCUUUGGGAUCAAUACGAUAACUUAGCCGCCCACACCCACAAGGGGAUAGAGUUCCUAGAUAAAUAUGGCAACUUUGUCAAGGAACGAUGUGCUAUAGAACUGGAAUACGCGGGGAAAUUAAGGAGACUUGUAAAAAACUAUCAACCCAAAAGAAAAGAAGAAGAUGAAUACCAGUAUACACCGUGCAAAGCAUUCAAAAAGUUACUUCAAGAACUGGGAGACUUCGCGGGCCAACGCGAAGUUGUAGCGGAGAAUUUACAGUCGAACGUCGUACGAGAGUUGCACUUGCUCGCCAAAGAGUUACGUGAAGAAAGGAAGCAACAUUUGAACGAGGGUGCAAAACAAAUGGCUGUGUUGAACACGGCCGCCGGUGCGCUGGAGCGCGCGCGGAGGGCAUACGAGCGUGCAGCCAGAGAGUCGGAGCGGGCACUCGAAGCCUUCCAGAAGGCGGACGCGGACUUCAACCUCAGUCGGGCAGAGGUCGAGAAACAGAAGACUAAUAUGAAACUAAGAAGUCAGGCGUGCGAAGAUGCGAAACAAGAAUAUAUGGACCAGCUCAGGAAAACGAACGAAGCUCAAAGACAACACUAUGAACAAAGGCUGCCCCACGUCUUCAAACAGUUACAGGACCUAGACGAGAAGAGAAUAAAGAAUAUAAAAAAUUUCAUGUUAAGUUCCGUGGAUGUCGAGAGGAAGGUAUUCCCCAUUAUAAUGCAGUGCCUAGACGGGAUGGAACACGCUGCUAAUAGUAUUAAUGAAAAAGAUGACACACAGUUAGUGAUAGAAAGGUACAAAUCGGGUUUCUUGCCGCCCGAAGAUUACCGAUUCGAACCGGCGACGGGCGCGGACGCAACAGAUUCUGCGCCGGCGCAUCCCACACACAACCACCUCACGGCUGCGCGGGGCACCGUCUCGGGCAACAGAAUCAAGAAGAGGGGUGGACUGCUUUCAAUAUUCAGCUCCAAUAAGAAUAACAUGUCGAUGGACGGAAAGGAGGAUUAUUCAGACUUACCACCGAAUCAGAAGAAGAAGAAGCUUCAAGCGAAAGUUAUGGAAUUAAACAAACAGGUUGCCCAAGAGCAAGCUGCAAUGGAAGGGCUUAUGAAAAUGAAAGGUGUUUAUGAGACGAACCCCACCCUAGGCGAUCCUAUGACUGUUGAAGGUCAACUGAACGAGUGUUGUGAUAAAUUGAAGAAAUUAAAAGAGCAAUUGCGCAAGUACGAAGUGUUGCUGGCGGAAGCGAACAACCAAGUGUGUGCGCCGCCCAUACAUCCUGCAGCCAGAACCAACGGAGCCGCCCCGAAUCAAGCUACUAGUAUCGGCUCGAACAGUGAAUCUCUAUCUCGGUCAGCAUCCGAGUCGUCUGUGAGUACCGGAGGAUGCGCGGGCGCCGGUAGUACGGCCGCCGGGAGCCGCGCAGCCGGUGGCUCACCAGAAUCAGGACUGGGCGGGGAGCUCGCCGCCGCACACACUGACCACCAUGACCACAAUAAUGACCACCACGACCACGACCAUGACCAUGACCACGACCACGACAAUGAUCACGAAUCGGACUUCGAUUACUACUACGAACCUGACCUGCAACCGCUUGGUUAUUGCAAAGCGCUUUAUGCUUUUGAAGCAAACGGCACGGGUUCAACAAUGAGAAUGGAGUGCGGCGAGAGGCUCCUGGUGCUCGAGACUGAUGCGGGCGAUGGGUGGACCCGGGUGAGGCGCCAUCACACGCGUGAAGAGGGCUUCGUGCCGACUACGUACAUUGCCACCACGCUCUACGCGGAUGCGCAUGCGCACUAG